AUUUUUAUAUAAUUACAUAUUUUCUAGAGAUUUAUCAUACCUUGACGAGAUUAUAUUCGUAUUAAAAAUUGGAUAUCGCUCUUCUUGUUUCAGGCACACGUAGUCUCGGCCUUUGAGCAAUCACUGUCCAACAUGACCCAAAGAUUGCAGCAACUCACAGCAACAGCUGAAAAGAAGGAUUCCGAGCUUCAGGAACUCCGAGAAACGAUCGAAAGGCUACGCAAGCAGAGUGCUGAAGCCGGAUUAAAUAACGGUCCAGCCGCGAGCAAUGGUCGCCGUCAUACUUUAGGCGACUCCGAAUCUGGUACCACCGGCUGCACCGGCAGUAGUAGCAGCAACAAUCAUCAUCAAGGUGUAUCGAUGGCGAGACAAUUGUCCGCGGAUAGCGUGACGUCCUUGAACUCGCUGAGUAGUGCCUGCUCGGCCAGCAGCAAUCACCACAAGAAGAAGGGCUGGUUGCGCAGCUCCUUCUCCAAGGCUUUCUCGAGAUCGCGCAAAAAUCGACACGGUUCAGUAUCCGAUGCCGAAGAUUGCAAAGAGAGUAUCGGUGGUGAUCUGAGCGCUCCCAAUAGCCCUAGACUACCAACUGCGUCCAAGCACGAGUCUUCGAGGAGCCAAACCGCAAGGAGCAACGGCCAAAAGUCACCCGAUCAUGAAAACCCUCUGUCGGGAAGUAAAAGCAGCUCGGCUCUGUAUAAGAAGGAGGAUGAGGACGUGGAUGAGUUGAAAAAGCAACUGAGGGAGAAAGAUCUGGUGCUCACGGAUAUUAGAUUGGAAGCGUUAUCCUCGGCUCAUCAAUUGGAAUCUUUAAAGGACACGGUUAUCAAGAUGAGAUACGAGAUGCUGAAUCUGAAGCAGAACAACGAGCGUCUCCAGCGAUUGGUGACUUCGAAGUCGCUCACUUCCUCGCAGUCUUCUCUACCCAGUGAUCCAGAUCGACGCUUCAGUAUGACCGAAGUGGCAUCGAGUGUCGCAGCACUGUCGAACGGCGAUGCCAGUUCCACGGCCGAUCAAUUAGAAGAUCUCAACGUCCCGGUCGAACACGACGUGGUGCCGUCGAACACCACAACUUCAGAACCGGUUCUCGAACAAGACACCGACGGCAAGAGGAUUAACGUGGCCGUCUACCUUGGAAGCGAACGCAAUUUCAACUACAAUUUAGUUACCGGGAGCGGUUCCGCCGACGGCACCAUAGGCGAACCGCCUCAUUGCGUAAUCGCCAGCGUCUGCAUCAGCAACAAGACCAGCUGGGACGCGUUGGAUUCUAUGGUGAGGCGUUGUUUUAAAGAGUACGUUUCUCGAGUGGAUCCUGUUACGAAUUUGGGUCUCGGCGUCGAAUGCGUCGCUGCGUAUCAUCUCGGCGAAGCCUCCAGAUGCACCACCGAUUCUCAGCAUCCUGAGCUGUUGCCCUGCGGUUACCUGGUUGGUCAUGUAAAGUCCAUCUAUCUAGUGCUGUCGGGCUACUCCUGGCUAGCAGUGGACACCCUGAUACCGCGCUCUAUCGUCCAGCGUUUGAUCUCCCUUCUAACGGAACAUCGUAGAGUGAUCCUGUGCGGCCCAAGUGGUACGGGAAAAAGUUAUUUGGCCGGAAAACUGGCGCACGCCCUAGUGGACACCGAUAAUGACACGAAGGACGCCGCCGCCGUUGCAACAUUCAACGUCGAUCACAAGUCCAGCAAGGAAUUGCGCCAAUAUCUCGCGCACAUUGCCGAGAGAUGUGACUCGAGCGCUGCCGAUGAAUUGCCCAGAGUGAUCAUUUUGGAAAAUCUUCAACAUGCAGCAUCUCUGGGCGAGCUCUUUAGUGGUCUCCUAGGAACUAGGCACUCGUCGUGUCCUGCCAUCAUCGGUACCAUGAGUCAGGCUACUUGCAGUACUACCAAUUUGCAAUUGCAUCACAAUUUCAGGUGGGUAUUAUGCGCAAACCACAUGGAGCCAGUCAAGGGAUUUCUGGGACGUUAUUUGAGAAGAAAAUUAUUAGAGCACGAACUUCGCGAGUGCGCGGGAACGAGGAACGCUGAAAUGGCGGCGGUAGUAGAGUGGCUGCCCCGUGUGUGGUUGCAUCUCAACAAGUUCCUAGAAACUCACAGCAGCUCCGACGUCACCAUAGGACCGCGGCUUUUCUUAUCGUGCCCGAUGGAAGUGGCUGGCUCUCAAGUAUGGUUUACCGAUUUGUGGAAUUAUUCGGUUAUACCUUACUUGGUGGAGGCGGUCAGGGAAGGUUUGACAUUGUACGGAAGACGUGUGAGCGGAAACGGAAAUGGCGAACCGACGUGGGAGGAUCCAGCGCAGUUCAUCACAUCCAGCUACCCGUGGCUGUCAACACAUGCCGUACACGGCGGCAGCGAUGCUCUUCUACGUUUGAGACCUGAGGACGUGGGAUACGAUGUCGUCUCCAGUGGACAUACUUCCGGCGUGGGUGCCUCCAGUGUAAAGAGUCUCGGAAGUACUCACAGUGAUACCGAAGGAGAUCCUCUGGUUAGUAUACGAAAUACUGAAAUUAGGAAAUUUUAAAACACUCAGAAUAUAU